AUGUCCUCGCUUGAGGCCAAGAUCGUCGUCCUUGGCGCGCAAGGCGUCGGUAAGACCUCGCUCGUCACUCGCUACUGCAAGGGCUCCUUCAAUCCCGCCGAAACCACCUCCACCGUUGGCGCCAGCUUCAUGACCAAGCGGGUCAUCGACGGUGACACCGACACCGUCGUCCGUCUCCAGAUCUGGGAUACCGCCGGCCAGGAACGCUUCCGCUCCAUCUCGCGGCUCUACUACCGAGGUGCGAACGCGUGCAUCCUGUGCUACAGCAUCACGGACGCGCAGUCCUUCGUCCAAAUGGGCGCCUGGCUGACGGAGCUACGCCGCAACCUCCCCCCCGAUAUUGUCCUCCACGUCGUCGGCACCAAGGCCGACGUCGUCGCCCGCGAUCCCUCGCGCCGCGAGGUGCCCUUCGAGCGCUGCAUCGCCUACGUCGCCGAGAACCUCGCCCCGGGGCUCGGCUCGACGCCUCCACCCACCGCCCACGGCGGCCUGCUCUCCACCGCUCUCGCCGCCUCUGCCGCCGCCAACGCCAACGCCUUCGCCUACUCCUCCUCCGCCGGCGCCAACAGUAGCCUCGCUCCCCACGGCUACGGCUACGGCCACGGCCACAGCCACAGCCAUAGCUAUCACGGAGGCGGCGCGACAACGACAGCGACGGGUAUCACGCCCGCGUCGAGCGCUCCAGAGCCGCGGAGCCCGAGCAGCAAGCGGAGCAGCGGGUUCUGGGGGCAGGAGGCCGGGUGGGACGCGUGCCACGAGAUCAGCGCGGAGAGCGGCGAGGGGGUCGAGGAGGUGUUUCGCGUGGUCGCGCGCAAGCUGGUCGAGCAGAACCGCAAGAUGCAGCAGGCCAUCCUCGCCGCGACCGCCACCUCGUCGGGCGGCACCCCGGGCUACGGCGACGGCGCCGACUCGGACGGCUACUUCGACUCCCUCGGAGGCGCAGGCGCGGGCGGCGCGGGCGGGGCCACCGGGGGCGUCUCCGGCCUGCGCAACGGCGGCAGCUUCCGCGUCGGCCGCGACCGCCGCAGCUGGCUCUUCCCCCAGUCCUUCUCCGUCGCCGACAUGGGCGCCGACGCCGCUGCCGCGGGCACUCCCGGGGCCGCGGAUCAGAACCGCGGUCAGGGAGAGGCGCAGCAGAGCGGGAGGUGUUGCUGA